AUGAGCGUGAAUGGACAAGAAUAUGAUGUGGGUGAUCUAAAUGAAGAAGACAUUCUUAGAGGGCAAGAAGAGGAGCUUCCGGUGGGGCAGAAGGCGCUAGGAUCUCCGCUGGUGAGCUGCGGGCUCAGUGGCAGACUUUCGGCGGCUACUCAAGAUUCGCCCAUAUCUCCUAUGAAAACGGGUAUAUAUCCUGGACAUACCCAUCGGGAUAGUUCUUCUAGCCUUGAUUCGGUUGCAUGGAAAUCAUCACCUGCGAGUCCGCAUGUUACUCCACUUAACGGUGUUACCUGCAUCCAGUAUGUUGCGAAGCAUAACAGUGCGCUUGAAAGCGUAACGGACAUAAUUGAGAGCCACAGCAGUACUGCAGGGGAAUUUUUGGAGUCUGCAGCGCUGCUGGAGGUGCCAAGGUCGUCUGAAGAGGGCGAUGUGAAUAAGGCACAAAAGUUUUUCAAUAGUAUGAUCUCGUCGCUCAGUUUCAAAAACGGAUACAGUCCUUUGAUCAGCGGAGACAAGAAAACGAAAACACGAAUCGAACAAGUGAACAGUGCAUCUGCUAUUGAGAAUGUUGUGGUACCCGCGACGUCGCUGGAGGCGAAGGCCUCUUCACUGCCCGGACAGGAACGAAAAAGUGGAUCGCGACAGGGGAAGUUGGAGCAAGAGACCUUUAACAAAAAAUUAUAUGUCGAUGAGAAGUUACCAGGCACGAAUUUCAGGUAUGCGACAGUCAAGCGGAAUGAGGACUUCCAUAGGAUAUUCAAGUCGAUAUCCAAGAAGGACAGACUUCUUGACGAUUUUAGUUGUGCUCUAAGCCGUGAGUUUCUUUGCCAGGGCAGGAUAUAUAUAUCAGAGAACCACAUAUGCUUCAAUUCAAAUUUGCUGGGAUGGGUUACAAACCUAGUGAUUCCCAUUGCGGACGUAGUGAAUUUUGAAAAGACCUCCACGGCCGGUAUAUUUCCGAACGGGAUCGCAGUAGUUACAGAAGUCGAGAAACAUUAUUUCGCAAGCUUUUUAACAAGAGAUACAACUUUUGAGUUUUUACUGUGUGUGCAGGAUGCAUAUAAUUCCAACAUGAAAGCAUUAACUAGAAGGUCAUAUAGGGAAAUGCCUAUGAACAUCGCUAACGAUGAUUUCUUCCUGAAGCCACUUAACGAGUUAAUGCAGAUUACUACUCCUCCAAGUAAAGAAUCCGCGCCCCCUGUAGAUGGUGGUGACUCAGAUAUCCAAGAAGCAAUACUGUCUGUAGAUUAUGUUACACCAAACGGACCAUCAGGAUACGCAAGUGAACAGCGAACUACAGAUGAAGUUUAUGAAGAUGUUUCGGAUUCGGAGGAUAUUUCAUCAGAAGAAGAGGAGCAGACAGAAAGGAAUAUGAAGACGGUAUUUAAACUUAAGGAUACCAGUCCACACUCAUAUAAUGGCCCAUACUAUUUUCACGAAACCAAGUUUGAUUACUAUCCAGAAGAGCAUGAUGAGUAUGUGUUAGCAGAGUUCUCUUUAAAUGCAGCACCGGGUAUCGUGUUCGAAUUGUUAUUCAGUGAGACAAACCCUACAUUUAUAAGGGAAUUUCUCCUGAGCCAAGAAACAACUCAACUUUCUGAAAUUACUGGUUUUACGCAGGUGAAUCCGGACGGACAGCGCUUCCGUAAAUAUAGAUAUACAAAAGCUUUGAACUUUCCUGUCGGCCCUCGCUCAACUAGGUGCCUAGUCCAGGAAACUGUUCUACAUUGUGACUACGAAGGCUAUAUUAAUAUUGUUAACACGACAAACACUCCAGAUGUUCCAAGCGGAAAUAGCUUUUCGGUUAAAACAAGGUACAUGAUUCGAUGGGCAUCGAACACGAACUCCGUGAUUAAAAUAUCAUUUUGGAUCGAAUGGACAGGAAGUAGUUGGAUAAGGUCUAUGGUAGAUAAAAGUUGUAAAGCGGGUCAAAUAGAGGCGACAAAGACAUUAGUUAAACAAGUGCACGAUUAUUUGGAUAAAAAUGUUGAGCCAAAAGUAAUUAAUAUUGAUGUGAAGUCAGAAAAAACCACUAAUUCAAUUCCUAAUAAUAAAGAAAGUAUGCAGCGGCCAGGAAACAUUAAUGAAAAGGAUCGCAGUCAUUCAUUGUCAUCAACGGAUAUAUCUUUAAGAACGUCAUUGUCAGAAACAACAACAUCUAUCCCUAUUUCAUCACACAGAAAACGAAGGUCACAGUCGCAGAAUCUCCUAUUGCUAUUUCUAGCAGUAAUAGCAAUGCUGUUGGCUGCAAAUCUUGUUCUGAUGUUAAAGAUUUGGUCAAGGAUAAUGAAUAUGCCUGACAUUAGCAAUAAUAAAGAACUUUCCGUUAGUGCUGUUACCGAUGAACAUAUUAUUAGCGUUGUGAACAAUGCUAUUUCAUCGGGAAUAAUACAUUAUGUGUGUACUGCAUAA